UUUACUAAAUUUCCAACUUUUAAAGUUAUGAAAAACGGUGCUGACAAAAUAGAUGAUGUUAUAGGAACAAGCAAAAAUCUCAGAAACAUGCCAAUUCGAGGAAUGAAUAGACGACAAAACUAUCGGCCAUACGAACCUCCCCAAUUUAAUACCUACAACGCAAAAGACGAGGUUCAAAAGGCCAGAUCAAAAGCAUUGUCAGGCGCUAAUUUAGCCUUGGCAGCAGGUGGUAUUGCUGCUGGGGCUUGGUAUUUUAGUGGAGAACAUACAAGUUUGUAUUAG